CACCAAAAACAUUACACGAAAACUAAUUGAUCGAGCACAUCCACGAAGUUUAAAACCAUCAUGAGAGUAUUCCACCGUCUCCUUGUGAUGCUCGGGUUGUUUCUGUGUAUUAUAGGCUUGGAUACUGAUUUCAUAGAUGAAGAAAAAGCUCAAAAAGUCAUCAGUGAAUCGGGACAUACCAACAAUUGGGCGGUUUUGGUUUCCACAUCAAGAUUCUGGUUUAAUUACAGACACAUAGCUAAUGUGUUGAGUCUUUACAGAACUGUGAAGAGGAUGGGUAUUCCUGACUCCCAAAUCAUAUUGAUGUUGGCCGACGACAUUGCCUGUAAUCCUCGGAAUGCAGCUCCAGGUACUGUGUUCAAUAAUAUGAACCAAGCAAUCGACUUGUAUGGGGACCUGAUCGAGGUUGAUUACCGAGGUUAUGAUGUGACCGUGGAGAACUUCAUCCGUUUAUUGACCGAUCGGUGGGAUAAAGAUCAUCCCAGAACCAAGAGGUUGUUGACAGACGAAAACUCCAAUAUCUUCAUUUAUAUGACUGGGCAUGGGGGCAAUGAGUUUUUGAAGUUUCAGGAUGCCGAAGAAAUUGGCUCUUAUGACAUUGCCGAUGCUUUUGCUCAGAUGCAUGAAAUGAAGCGGUACAAUGAAAUAUUCUUCAUGAUCGACACUUGUCAAGCGAACUCCAUGUACGAAAGAUUUUAUUCGCCAAACAUCUUGGCAGUUGGCUCAUCCAAGAUUGACCAGUCAUCAUACUCCCACCACUCCGACUUAGAAAUCGGUGUGGCUGUUAUCGACAGAUUCACGUACUACACCUUGGACUUUUUGGAAAACAUUGAACAAAGCUCGGAUGCUACAAUAGAGGACCUAUUUGAUAUUUACACAUUUGAGAAUAUCCACUCGGACCCAGGAUUCAGAACAGACUUGUUCAAAAGAGAUAUCAGCACUGUCAAAUUGACUGACUUUUUUGGUAAUGUUCAGAAAGUUAUCGUUGACAAUGUGGAAAGUGACAUUCUUUACUCAGCAAAUCACGAUAAAAGUGGAAAUCGUAUUGUGCUACCAGCCAAAGAACAACAGAAGAAUAGCACAGAAAAACUCCUCAAAAGAGCUAAUAUUGACCAAAUCAGCUACCUCAAAGAAACCAAGUCUACCCUAGUCGACCUCACUCCCAUACAAGCGAGGCUUGUUGCAAUUUCUGGAUUUGUGGCUAUUUUAGGUUUGUGGUUAAUUGCAAAAUAGUUAUGGCAUAAUGAAUGGACAUUUUUAUUAUAUAAUAUGCGAUUU